UGACAGCUGAAUGCAGGCACACAGAAUCAGCAUUAAUUAGUAACCGCGAUGCAGUAGGAAGAACUUUCUCUGGGUUAUACCAUCAUGCAAAUUUAAAAAAAUGGCUGACACAAAGAAUGGGUCACUGCAAAAAGUACUGCUUCUGGUCCUCACAAGUGUAACUAUCCACUCAGGCUUUGGAAUAUUCCCUGUUUUCUUCCCUUGUGAUGCAGAAAAUAACUACACCUUUGUGGACUGCAGUAGACGUGCCCUAACUCAGAUCCCAAAAAUAAAAUCAACCAAUGUAACCACAUUGUUUUUAUCAAUAAACCACAUCAGUCUGGUUGCCAUUGAUUCUUUUUCUGAUGUUUUAAGCCUGGAGGUCCUUGACAUAAGUUACAACUGUUUACCAAACGAGAUAAACUACAGUCCCCAGAAGCUCUGCAAAUUUGUAGUUGAGCCUGGAGCAUUGUUAAAACUUAAAAAACUAACUCAUUUGAGUCUUGCUGGAAACAGUCUGAUGAAUAUUCCUAAACUUCCACCUGCUAUUGUACAGCUGAAUGUUGAAAAAAAUAACAUAAUUUCACUCACUUAUCAGAAUUUUGCUGGUCUCUUGUCCCUGAAGCAUUUGCACAUGGAUAAGAAUUGUUUUCAUCUUAAUCCAUGUGGCACCACACUGACCAUAGCCAAUAUGACUUUCCAGGACACAAAGCUUGAGACUUUGUCCUUGUCAUUUAAUAACUUAACAGAGGUGCCAGUCAGUCUCCCAAGGAGGCUAAAGUAUCUGGACCUCUCUGAAAACAAAAUUUCUCAUAUAAAAGCUACUGAUUUUAUACAUUUUGGCAAUCUGAAAACAUUGAUCUUGGGAUGGAAUUGUCAACGGUGUGAUCACGCAGCACAACCAUGCUUCCCGUGUCCCAACAAUGCUUCCAUCAAGCUUGAUCCACUUGCUUUCAGAGAUCUCCAUAAACUGACAACACUAAAUCUAAGGGGGAACUCCUUGGUCGAACUGAGUGAUGAUCUCUUUAACCAUAUGGACAAUCUAAUCUAUCUGGACCUUUCUGAUAACCUCCUGAAUUAUGCAAUCAGAAAUGCCAGCUUCUUUGCUAAGCUUACAAAACUUGAAACAUUGAAUUUAAUUUAUAAUUAUGAACCCCUAAAAACAUUUAGUAACCUGACUCUUUCUCUAUCAAUGCAAAAAAUGCAAUCAUUGAAGAACUUCUUUAUCGAUGGAUACUUUUUUGAGACAUUGGAAGAAACUGGCAUUGCACCACUUUUCAGUCUUCCAAAAUUAGAACUAGUGGAUUUCCGAAAUAAUUUUAUGAAGUAUGCCAAUUUAUCAAUGUUUUCCCAUCUUCAGAAAGUGAAGUAUAUUGGUUUUUCAAGAAACUGGUUAAUGUUCCAGCAGAAUUGUCCCAAAACAAGUGAAUAUGAUCUAUUACAGUCUGGGCAUUAUAUUAGAAGUGUCCAAUCUGGUGGCAACCAACUACAAGAGAGUCAUGCUUUUGACGUGGACCCCAGAAUAGAGAGAUGGAAGGAAUAUAUGUUUCAGCAACAGAUUUCAUCAAGUAACCUUCAUACAAUCUGCCAGAAAAUGUGGGACUUAUCUUACAAUAAUGUUAUUGAGAUAUAUGCAGCAGAUUUCCAAGGCCUAGAAAAGGCCGACUGCCUGAACUUGUCAUCCAAUUACAUAAGUCAGGCACUUGAUGGUUUCCAGUUUGUACAAGUACCAUCAUUAAAACUUUUGGAUCUUUCAUACAAUAGAAUUGAUUUAUAUUUUAAAACUGCCUUUCAAGAGGUUCCACAACUUGAGGUUUUAUACCUAAAUAACAAUGAGUACCAUUUCAGUUUGAAAGGAAUUGGACACAAAUUUGACUUUCUUUCCAACCUUCCUUCACUUCAUACUUUAAGCCUAGCAUACAAUGAGAUAGGAACCAUGAUAUCUACAAAAUUAAAAAGCAGGUCAUUAAAGACUUUGUUUUUUGCUGGAAACAGGCUAGAUAUAAUGUGGCGGAAUGGGGACACUACAUACUUACAUUUUUUUACUUAUCUUACCAAUCUAACUUAUCUGGAUAUUUCUGAAAAUAAAUUAAGAUAUAUUUCUGAAGAAAUCUUUGCCUGUCUUCCACAAAGUCUGAAAUAUCUGAAUAUAAGUAACAAUCAACUAGACUACUUUCCCUGGGAAAAUAUUACAUACCUUGAACAUUUGCAAUCCCUGGAUCUGAGUCAUAACUCACUUAAAAUGCUACCCAACAAAGCCAUCACGUUUAGUGAAACACUAUUCAUGAUGAAUUUGAGCAGUAAUAGCAUUGCGUGGCUAAAUAAAGAGUUUUUCUCCAGUGCCCCUUCACUACAAAUCCUCAUAUUAAGCAACAACCACAUAAGCAUAAUUAAUGGUGAUAGUUUCCCGAAUCUGUUUCUCGAGACCUUGAAGAGACUGGAUGUCAGUGGUAACCCAUUUAAAUGCGCCUGCAGUGUCUUAUGGUUCUUAAGCUUUAUUAAUUCUACUAAAAUUGAUCUGCCCUACCUGACAACUAGAUUGAAAUGUAACCUGCCAGAAGGUGUACAAGGUGCAAAUUUAUUGUCACUGGAUAUUCACUCAUGUGAGGAUGUGAAUGGGGAGUGGGGAUUUAUCUUAACUUUUACAAUAGGGAUCAUCUUUACAUUUGUUCCAGUUUUGCAAACAUUAUAUGGCUGGGAUAUGUGGUAUAUUUUCCAGGUGUGCUCAGCAUUCUUCCAUGGCUAUUCAGCUUCUUUGAAAAAACACUAUGAGUAUGAUGCAUUCAUCGCCUUCGACACGGAGCAGACAAAGGUGUCAGACUGGGUGUAUAAGGAACUGAGAGCCAAUAUGGAAGGCAGCAAGAAAAGGAAUUCACACUUAUGCCUACAAGAAAGGGACUGGAUUUGUGGAAAAGCAACCAUAGAGAACCUAUAUGAGUCAAUAUGGAAGAGCCGUAAAACAGUCUUUGUUCUCAGCAGAAAAGGAUUUGCUAGCGGCUUUCUGCGGCAGGCUUUCUAUAUAACUCAGCAGCGCCUGCUAGAGGAGAAAAUGGAUGUUGUAAUAUUUGUUCUUCUGGAUGACAUUAUAAAGCACUCCAAGUACUUAAGGAUGCGUAAGAUACUGUGUGGGAAGUCAGUUUUAUCUUGGCCUCACAACCCACAUGCCCAGCCUUACUUUUGGCAAAGGCUAUCCUCUGUAUUAAGAGCAGACAAUCAUCAUUAUUACAGCAGCCAUAUACAACAGACUAUGCAGUAAUAAUCUAUGAAAAAUGCGGAUAACAUAUGUCAGCUCCGAGUCACUUGGUUUUUCAAGCCAGCUGCUAUGUAUGAAGUGGUGUGGCAGUAGGUGAUUUUCUGUCAUUAAAAAGGGAUCAUAAUGAUUUGGUUUCUACUGAAUGAGGCAUGUUUUCACAACGACGUACAGGGAUAUCACUAUAUAUAGUGAGAUAUGUCAGAAUUUGUGAUAUUGUGUCCCACAAUUGCUGACAGCAUAACUAAAGAUAUCGCAGCGUUUUACUGCAUCUAUUGGUAUCUCAGUCUUAAUAUUAUGUUGUAAUGUUUAAUGUGGACCUCAGCAUAAAAAUGUGUAUAGGAUGUGGAAAAGCCAUUUUUUACUAUUUAGGUAGAUAUAAGUGGUUGGAAACAUAUAAAAGUGAAACUGAAUUUUUAUAAAUGUU